AUGGCUGAAGAAGAUAAGUUGAACGCUUCCUCAGCUCAGGCUCAGGCCCCAGGCGCAGACGAAGCCACAAAAGAAAAGACUCCAAAGCAGUUGGAGAAUGAGAGAAAGAAGGCCGAGAAGAUGGCCAAGUUCUUAGCCAAGAAGAAGAAGCAGGAGGAAGAUGCUAAGAACAAGAAACCUUCCGAAAAGAAGCCUAAGAAGGAGAAAAAGGUCGCUGAACCUGUUCCUGAAUGGAAGGACGAGACGAAACCUGGUGAAAAGAAGAUCUUGGCCUCUUUGGACGAUGCUGCUUUCAAGGCUUACAACCCAAAGAACGUUGAGAGCUCUUGGUACUCAUGGUGGGAAAAGCAGGGCUACUUCGAACCUGAACUUGAUGAAGGUAAGAUCAAGAAGGAAGGUCAGUUCACCAUUCCAGCCCCACCUCCAAAUGUUACUGGUGCUUUGCACAUUGGACAUGCUUUGACUAUUGCCAUUCAAGAUACAUUGAUUAGAUACAACAGAAUGAAGGGAAAGACCACUUUGUUCUUGCCCGGUUUCGAUCACGCUGGUAUCUCCACUCAAUCGGUGGUUGAGAAGCAGGUUUGGAAGAAUGAAAAGAAGACCAGACAUGACUAUGGCCGUGAGAAGUUCGUUGAGAAGGUUUGGGAAUGGAAGGAAGAGUACCAUGCCAGAAUCAAGGACCAGGUCAAGAGAUUGGGUGCUUCGUAUGACUGGUCUAGAGAGGCUUUCACUUUGAACCCAGACUUGUCAGCUGCCGUUGUCGAGGCUUUCGUGAGAUUGCACGAGGAUGGUACUAUCUACCGUGCCUCCAGAUUGGUCAAUUGGUCCACCAAGUUGAACACGGCCAUUUCCAACUUGGAGGUUGAGAACAAGAACAUCAAUGGUAGAACCUUGUUGUCUGUGCCAAACUACGAUGAGAAGAUCGAGUUCGGUGUCUUGACCUCUUACUCAUACCCUGUGGUUGACUCUGAUGAGAAGAUCACCGUUGCCACAACCAGACCGGAAACCUUGUUUGGUGAUACCGGUGUGGCAGUCCACCCUGAGGACCCUCGUUACAAGCAUUUGCAUGGUAAAUUUGUUCAGCAUCCUUUCUUGGACCGUAAGAUUCCUAUCGUCACUGAUUCCGAAGCUGUGGACAUGACCUUCGGUACUGGUGCUGUGAAGAUUACCCCUGCUCACGACCAGAACGAUUACAGCACUGGUAAGAGACAGAACCUUGAGUUCAUCAACAUCUUGACUGAUGAUGGUUACUUGAAUGAAAACUGUGGUGAAUGGAAGGGCAUGAAGAGAUUCGAUGCUAGAGCUAAGGUCAUUGAGGCAUUGAAGAACAAGGGUUUGUACGUCGAUCAGAAGGACAACGAGAUGACCAUCCCAACUUGUUCCAGAUCUGGUGAUGUUAUUGAGCCAUUGUUGAAGCCUCAAUGGUGGGUUAAGCAAGAUGAUAUGGCCAAGGAAGCCAUCAAGGCAGUGAAGAACGGAGACAUUACCAUCACCCCACAAUCUUCCGAGAAGGAGUACUUCCAAUGGUUGGAGAACAUUCAAGAUUGGUGUAUCUCCAGACAGUUGUGGUGGGGUCACAGAUGCCCUGUGUACUUCAUUAACAUUGAAGGCCAAGAGGGUGACCGUUUGGACAACCACUACUGGGUUGCUGGUAGAUCUUACGAAGAGGCUUUGGAAAAGGCUGGAAAGAGAUUCCCCGACUCCAAGUUCACCUUGGAGCAGGAUGAAGAUGUCUUGGACACUUGGUUCUCUUCCGGUUUGUGGCCAAUCUCCACUUUGGGAUGGCCAAAUCAGACUGAUGAUCUCAAACUCUUCGCUCCUAUGUCCAUGUUGGAGACGGGUUGGGAUAUUUUGUUCUUCUGGGUCUCCCGUAUGAUCUUGUUGGGCUUGAAGUUGACUGGCAAGGUUCCAUUCAAGGAGGUUUUCUGCCACUCUUUGGUCAGAGACGCUCAGGGUAGAAAGAUGUCUAAAUCUUUGGGUAAUGUCGUCGAUCCAUUGGAUGUUAUCAGUGGUAUCUCCUUGGACGAAUUGUACGAGAAGUUGAAGAUUGGUAACUUGGAUGCUAAAGAGAUCGAGAAGGCCUCUGCCGGUCAAAAGCAAUCUUAUCCAAAUGGUAUUCCAGAGUGUGGUACCGAUGCCUUGAGAUUCGCUUUGUGUGCCUACACUACUGGUGGUAGAGAUAUCAACUUGGAUAUCUUGAGAGUCGAAGGUUACAGAAAGUUCUGUAACAAGAUGUACCAGGCAACGAAGUUCGUCUUGGGUAGAUUGGGUGACGACUACAAGCCUCCUUCAACUCAAGCCAAGACCGGCAACGAGUCUUUGGUCGAGAAAUGGAUUUUGCAUAAAUUGACUACUGCUACCAAGAGUUUCACUGAGCACAUUGAGAAGCGUGAGUUCUCUGAAACCACCAGUGCGGUCUACAACUUCUGGUACGACUUGUGUGAUGUUUACAUUGAGAACUCCAAGCAUUUGAUUCAAGACGGUACCGAAGAGCAGAAGAAGUCAGCUCAGGACACUUUGUACACUUGUAUCGACCAGGGUUUGAAGAUGAUCCACCCAUUCAUGCCUUUCAUUACUGAGGAGAUGUGGCAGAGAUUGCCACGUAGAGCUGAGGACUCUACUCCAUCGAUCACCAUUGCCAAGUUCCCAGAGUAUGAGGCUUCUUUCGAUGACAAGGAAGCUCACGAUGCUUACGAAUUGGUUUUGGCCAUCACCAAGGGUGCUAGAUCCUUGCUUUCUCAAUACAACAUCUUGAAGAAUGGUCAAGUCUACGUUGAAACUUCAGACGAGAACGUGAGAAAGAUUGCUAAGGACCAGGACCACUCUAUCGUCUCCUUGAUCAAGGGUGUCGAGAAGAUUGAAGUUUUGGAUGCUAACCAGCCUGUGCCAAGUGGAUGUGCUUUGAACGGUGUCAAUGCCACUACCAACGUGCACGUUUUGGUGAAGGGCCAAAUCGACUUGGACGCUGAAAUUGCCAAGGUGAACAAGAAGUUGAGUAACGUCAAGGAGUUGGACUCCAAGUUGAAGGACUCGAUCAAGAAGUUUACCGACAAGACGAAACAGGAGGCCAAGGACGCUGCCUUCAAGAGACAAGAGAACUUCAAGGCUGAGAUUGAGGGUUACGAGCAGACCAUCUCUAUCUUGGAGAAGUUGAAGCUUUAG